CAGGCAUUUCCACAAACACUUUCUCAUCUCCUAUUCAGGCAUUUCCACAAACACGUUCUGAACAUUUCCUUUUUCACUCACAUGGCUAGGACACAACAGAGAUACCGCGGCGUCCGUCAAAGGCAUUGGGGCUCUUGGGUUUCCGAAAUUCGACACCCUCUGUUGAAGACGAGAAUUUGGCUAGGAACGUUCGAAACGGCGGAUGAUGCGGCACGAGCAUACGAUGAGGCGGCAAGGCUGAUGUGCGGCCCCAGAGCAAGGACCAACUUCCCUUACAACCCCAAUGCGUCGCAAUCAUCUUCGUCGAAGCUUCUCUCCGCCACUUUGACUGCCAAACUCCACCGGUGUUACAUGGCAUCACUUCAAAUGACGAAACAAAAGUCAACACCGCAAGAGCCACAGAAGCCACCCACUCCAAUUGUCAACACCGGUAAUGGCUUUGACGCUAGAGAUACCAAAACAGAAAACCGCUUACCCAAGAAAAGACCAUUAUCGGCGCCGGAAACGGAGGCCAAUUGGGCCGCCAAGAAAACUGAAAUUGAUCAAAACACCCAGCAAUUCAAGUUUCUUGAAGAGGAUCAGCAUCACAUUGAGCAAAUGAUCGCAGAACUUCUCGAUUAUGGCUCGAUCGAGCUAUGCAAUGUUUAAUUUAAUCCCAUAAAAUCCGUCCUCCAGUCUCCAUAUGUCUUCCUAGCUACUAAUUUAACUCAUUCUUCUCUCAAGAAUCUCACCCAUGACUCACCCGUUUUCAGAAUCCAGAACCCUUUAGCCAUUAAUGUAGAGAAAUCAUGCUAUGUUAUAAAUCAUCAGUCUAUAACUCAGCUCCUGAUAUUGUGGUGAUCGUUUUUAUCCAUAACUAUAAAAUGUAUAAUUCACA